AUGGCUCCUGUUCUCAAGAAGUAUAAGGCCGCAGCAGUCAACGCUGAACCUGGCUGGUUCAAUCUCGAAGAAUCAGUUCGACGAACAAUCCACUGGAUUGACGAAGCAGGAGAGGCGGGAUGCAAGUUUAUUGCCUUUCCCGAGCUUUGGAUUCCGGGCUACCCUUACUGGGCCUGGAAGGUAAACUACCAAGAAAGUCUCCCGCUGCUCAAAAAAUAUCGCGAGAACAGCCUCCCAUCCGACUCGGACGAGAUGCGACGCAUUCGACAAGCCGCCCGAAGCAACAAGAUCUGGGUGUCUCUCGGCUACUCCGAACUCGACCUUGCCAGCCUGUAUACUACCCAGGUGAUGAUCAACCCUGCCGGGGAGAUCAUCAACCAUCGCCGCAAGAUUAGAGCCACUCACGUCGAGCGCCUAGUCUUCGGUGAUGGAACCGGCGACACGACAGAGUCCGUGAUGGAUACCGAAAUUGGUCGCAUUGGGCAUCUGAAUUGUUGGGAGAACAUGAACCCCUUCAUGAAGGCCUAUGCAGCCUCCCUUGGAGAGCAAGUUCACGUCGCUGCCUGGCCUCUCUACCCUGGCAAGGAGACGCUCAAGUACCCUGAUCCUUACACCAACAUCGCCGAAGCCAACGCAGAUAUUCCUCAGCUUGUGACUCCGGCUUACGCCAUUGAGACUGGCACUUUCACUCUGGCGCCGUGGCAGACAAUUACUGCUGAGGGCAUCAAACUUAACACGCCACCUGGAAAGGAGCUCGAAGAUCCCAACAUUUACAAUGGAAACGGACGGAUCUUUGGUCCGGACGGUCAAAAUCUUGUUCCCCACCCCGCAAAGGACUUCCAAGGUCUUCUAUACGUCGAUAUUGAUCUUGACGAAGCCCAUCUGACCAAGGCCCUUGCCGACUUUGGCGGUCACUACAUGCGUCCGGAUCUGAUUCGCUUGCUGGUUGAUACCAACCGCAAGGAUUUGGUUGUUCGUGAAGACCGGGUCAACGGGGGCAUCGAAUACAACCGAACGGUGGAUCGAGUUGGACUUUCCAAGCCUUUGGAUAUUCCCGUUGUGGAAUCAGAGCACCAAAAGUAG